AUGAAGAGCAAAUAUCAAGGCAACGUAAGAGUGAAGAAGGCGCAAUUACAAAGAUUACGAAGGGAGUUCAAAAACCUAGAAAUGAUAGAAGGUGAAAGCGUCACAGAUUACUUUGGUCGGGUGAUGUCCACAGCCAAUGAAAUGAGAAAUUUUGGAGAAGAGAUAACAGAUGUAAUGAUUGUUAAGAAGAUCCUCAGAUCUCUAACUAAAAAUUUUAAUUAUGUGGUGUGUUCCAUUGAAGAAUCAAAGGACACUGAUGCGAUGUCAGUGGAUGAGUUGCAAAGUUCUUUGCUUGUGCAUGAGCAAAAACUUUUGAAGAAACCUAGUGAUGAUCAAGGAGACAAGCUGGUUAAUUACACUGAAUUUGACGAAGGAGAAGAUUUACUUCUGAUGACUCAUGCAGAAGUAAAGAAAGAAUGCAAAGAAGGAAUCUGGUUUCUUGAUUCGGCUUGUUCGAAUCAUAUGACUAGAACGCGAGAAUGGUUUGUCAACUUAGAUGAAGGAUUCAAACACUCCGUAAAAUUGGGAAAUGAUCUUCGACUUACGAUUAAAGGAAUCGGUGAGGUGAUGUUCGAAGCUGAAGGCAUAACUCAGGUUAUCAGUCGUGUGUACUAUGUUCCUGAACUCACUUCAAAUUUACUAAGCAUUGGGCAGCUACAAGAGAAAGAUCUGACUGUUGUUAUUCGAAGAGGUGUGUGCAAGAUUCUUCAUCCUCAAUGGGGUGUGAUAACUACUUCAAGAAUGACAAGAAAUAGAAUGUUACUAGUGAAUGCAAGGAUGAAACCCAUUGAAGGUCGAUGCUUGAAGCUAGAAGGAGACGGUAACGAACAGAUUUAG